GCCUCCUGUCUCCUGCUCGACCCAAAACUCUGCGUGUCUCACUGGAUGCGAAGCAGAGCGCCAAGUCCCGGAGGAGAGAAGACCUCGGCAGAAAAUGAAGAUGGCUGUAAUGACGUCCAAAGAUUAAGGAUGAGGGAAAACUGAAAAAAAAAAAAUAUAAUUCACAAAGUAAUUACUCUAGGUUUGACACAACAAAUUAGUUGAAUUAAUUGCCAGUGUUUGAAGUGAGGAAGGAGAAGCAUCAUGGAGCUGCAGCACAGCACCAAUCACAACCAAGCCUUGUGGAAAGAGAUACCGUGGGAUUUCGGGGAGGAGUGCUCACUCUCAGUGAGCGGCACCACGUUCCUCAUUGUAGCUUACAGCACAGUAUUGGCAGUAGGUCUCAUCGGGAACUCUUGCCUGGUGUUUGUCAUCACUCGGUACAAGGAGAUGCGCAACGUGACCAACAUCUUCAUCGUCAACCUGUCUUGUUCUGAUAUCCUCAUGUGCAUUUUCUGCCUGCCGGUCACUAUUAUCUACACUUUGAUGGACCACUGGAUCCUGGGAGACACCCUCUGCAAGCUCACGCCCUUCAUCCAGUGCAUAUCAGUCACUGUCUCCAUCUUUUCUCUCGUCCUUAUCGCCAUGGAGCGCUACCAGCUCAUUGUCCACCCGACUGGAUGGAAGCCUGUGGUGGGCCAGUCCUACCUGGCCGUGGCUGUCACCUGGAUUGUGGCCUGCCUUAUCUCCGUGCCUUUCCUCUCAUACAGCGUACUUGCCCUGCCUUUACAGAACCUGAGCGCCCCCUUUCUAGUUGGCGAUCAACUCGUUUGUAUGGAGCGGUGGCCGUCACUCGAAGAACGCAGAGCUUACACCACCUCCCUGCUCAUCUUCCAGUACUUCCUCCCACUCAUCCUCAUCAUGGUCUGCUACCUGCACGUCUACCUGCGCCUGAGGAGAAGGAAGGACAUGGUGGAGCGCGGCAGGAACACCACUCAAAAGAAAAACAAGGGCUCCACAAGGAUCAACGCCAUGUUAAUCUCCAUAGUGGUGGCCUUCACCAUCUCCUGGCUCCCUCUCAACAUCUUCAACACUGUGUUCGACUGGAACCACGAGGCCAUCCCGUCCUGUAGCCACGACAUCAUCUUCUCGUUCUGUCACCUCACGGCCAUGGCCUCCACCUGCAUCAACCCCAUCAUCUACGGUUUCCUCAACAGCAAUUUCCAGAAACACCUCAAAUCCACUCUGUUGCACUGUCGCUGCUGGGGGGUGGCAGAGCGGUACGAGAGCGUCCCUCUCUCCACUGUCAGCACAGAGGUCACCAAGGGGUCUAUCUUGAGCAAUGGAUCUAUCAGCAUCAAUUCUUAAUUCCAAGCCUUUUCAGUAAAAGAGAAAGAAACUACUGGGGCCACUCCAGCCCUCAUUGUGUCAUUCUUAGGAGCUUCGCUUGCUUCAUUGCGUGCAAAAGCGAGGUUGACAUUUACAAAGUUAUAAACCUCACAAUAGCAGUCCAGAGGGAGUGGACUGUAGACACUUUAACCACAUGGCAGAGCGCCCACAAUUUAGUAGAGGAAGUAGAUAUCAAAAUGAUGGUACAAAGGUUGGACAAGUUUAAGUAUUGUGGGCGACUGCAGACAAUUUACAUAAGCACUUUUGCAACUGUAGUCUGUGUAGUUGUGGAGCCACUGGAGUUUUGAAAAUACAAAAGGUUUGGGGUUGUGUUGCUGUUUUAUGUUAAUAGUAUUAAUGAAAAUAUGAAGGGGUUGUGAACUGUGUUGUGUUAGAGAUCAUCGACACAGUAGCAGAACAGAAGGAGAGGACAUUAGCGUUCUAAAUGUGGCUCUGGGCGUUCAUUUAGCCCGAUUUACUCGCAUCACCUUAAUGCAUUUCUUAUUACCUGAUAUCCCAGCAAACUGUGUAAUAAUCUUUCUCAAACAACCUUGGCAAGAGCAAUGGUACGCAUCUCUGCUGUCUGCCAAGGUCUGCGUUCUGCUGUACUAUUUGUAGAAUGAGUUGUUUUAUACAGCAACCUUAUGUAUGAAGUGCCAUAAAACAGAAUAAAAUGGAAGUGAGGGA